UGAUAAACAUUGAGGUCACGGAGGUAUUAUACAGGUAUGAGAUAUCGUGGUCCUUCCCCUGGUAUUGCCAUUACACCCAUUCCAACGUGACGCCCUGUCUCGAUUGUUCACAGGCAGUCGUCUGCAAACAGAUGGGCUGUUGAUGAGACGGAUGACGGCAAGUCGUUAACGAAACAAAGAAACAUAGAGUUCCGAGUCCUGACUCAACUCUGGCUGUGGUGAAUAUAGAGAUUUAAAAAAUCAACAAAGCUUGCAGUUAUGGCGGAGACCAAAAGUAACUGGAAGCCGGAGUGGAAGCGGGACAUCGUGUAUCUUCAUGUGUUUCCCAGAGCUAUGGCAAAGUGUAUCCCAAACAUAUCACCAUUCGCAAUGAAACUGGAGAUGUGGCUGCGGAUGAACGAAAUUCCCUAUCAGAUUGUUGAUCACAUGGGAUUUUCCAGCAAAAGUCAAACUCCUUUUAUAAUGUUUAACGAAGACGAAAUACCAGACUCCAACUUCAUCAUCGAAUAUCUAUCAAAGCAUUUUAAGAAGGAUCCAUAUCCAGGAAUCAAUGUCGAACAACAAGCAGUUGGCAGGUCAUUUCUGAAGAUGGUAGAGGAGAAUACAGCAUGGUCAAUAUUCUGGUACCGGUACGUGGAGCACAUGCAAGAGUAUAUGGAAUACAUUAAAUUCCAAGUCCCAGAGGAGAUGCAAGAGAAAGUUGGAGCUGGCUUGUCCAGCAGCGUAAAGGAUCGGGCCUGGAAACAUGGAAUAGGUCGUCAUAGCAACGAAGAAAUUUACAAAAUAGGAAGUGACGAUAUCAGGGCUAUAUCAGCCUACCUCGGGAAAAAGAAAUACUUUCUUGGAGAAACGCCAUCUUUGAUUGACUGUACAUUAUUUGGAUUUCUCGUCCAGAUAAUAUUUGUGCCUUUGGAUUUCCCCAUGAAGGUAGUUAUACAAGAGGAGUGUUCAAAUGUACUGGAUUACAUAAACAGACUAAAGACAGAGUUCUGGCCUCACUGGGACGAUCAACAGUUGUAGAAACAAGUACUGCAAAAGCAAUGGCCUUGGUCUGGUUAACCUCUAAAUCAGUGUGUUUGAAAUACAAUGAUCAUUAGUCUAGUCGUGCUUCCACUAAAGGCAUUCGACCACUGAAGUGACAAUGGAACAUUCCUAUUCUACAUAUCCUGUUUAGAAGAAUAACGGCAUGUUCUCGACUUUCAAAUAGUAAACCCUUGUGACAGAUUCUUGUUUCAGUAAUUUUCACUAUAGAUAUCAAAUAACUUCUUUCAUUAGUUUGUACUUCUACAUCACCAAUUCGAUAUAUCUAUAUAUUUAAUACCAGAAAUAUAUUCUGUAAGGACUUGUAGGCUUGGCCUGUUUUCUAAAAUAGUGUCCUUAUGCAUUACUAUAAUAUACUAUGAUAUACAACCUGUAUAAUCUGUGUCAAAAAUGAAAUGUUUACAAUUGAUUGAACGUUGUCAGAAUACAAUGUCGUUUAACUUCGGAUUGGACGACUGACAAUCUCCAUUA